UAUUUUUUUUUUUACAUGAACCUUGGACACCAGAGGACCAACCGGCGUCUUCGGUCCCGCAGUGGCCGAUUUUAGUGUCCGGUACUCGGCUUUGAAGGAGGAGAGGACGGGCUGGGUGGUGUUUGGACGCAUCGAGGAAGAGGUGGAGGACAUGCGGGCGGCAGGAAGUGCAGCGUGUCUGCGUCAAAUAUCUUGAAUGAUGGUGCCUCUUUAUUUUUAUAAACACAAGCAGAAAUGUGAGAGAUAAAAGCCACAAAAAAAGAGAGUUUGUGUCGCAUUGAGCCCGAGUGAGACCAUCCUUUGAUUGUGAUUCACCGACAUGAGCUCGCUCUUUUUCCCCGAUGCUCCUCCGCCUCCAGCCCCGACCGGCGGCGGCCAAGCCCCGGCGGGGACCAGCGCCCUGCGGAACGACCUGGGCUCCAACAUCCACGUCCUCAAGACCCUCAACCUGCGCUUCCGCUGCUUCCUGGCCAAAGUCCACGAGCUGGAGCGACGGAACCGGCUGCUGGAGAGCCAGCUGCAGCAAGCCCUGCAGAGGCCGCAGUACCGCGGGCUCUACGGCCGGGAGGUGGCCGUGCAGACGGACGGGGGUCAGGAGUCCCGGCUGCCGGGGACCAUGUGGACCUUCACCCACGUGCGGCGGCAGGGGGAGCGCCUGGAGACCCUGCGCGGGCCCGGGGUGACGUGGACGCACCCGGACGGGGUGGGGGUCCAGAUAGACACCAUCACGCCGGAGCUGAGGGCUUUGUACAACGUGCUGGGCAAAGUGAAGCGGGAGAGGGCCGAAUAUAAGAGAAGAUGGGAGGAGGAGCUGUCCAAACGCGAGCAGCUGGAGUCUGCGGUGGAAAACCUGCACCAGCGGGCAAGAGAGUCAUCUGAGCUUCAUGACGAAAUGAACGAAAAGGUGGAGCGCUUGAAGGCGGAACUGGUGGUCUUCAAAAGCCUGAUGAGCGAUCAAAUGUCUGACCUGGACUCCAAGAUUCAGGAGAAAGCCAGACGGGUGGACAUGGACAUCUGCAGACGCAUCGACAUCACGGCCAAACUGUGCGAUGUGGCGCAGCAACGCAACUCUGAAGACAUGUCCAAGAUGUUCAACGUCAGCCCGGCCAGAUCGCUGCCAGAGAGGUCCCAGGGGGCCAUGGCGUGCUGCAAGACGAAAGAGCGCAAAGUGGCGCCCGACGAGGAGGUCACAGAGAUGGACGCCGAGCCGAGCCCUUCAGAGGAGGAGGAGACACUCAACAUCACGGACGAGAUGAAGCGCAUGCUAAACCAGCUACACCCUUCAGAUAACCCCUCUGUUGCUAGGCGCGAGACCUUUGAGCUGGACGACGACUGUGACAGUCUAACAUGGGAGGAGAACGAAGAGACGCUGUUGCUAUGGGAGGACUUUGCCAACUACAACGUGCCGUGUGGCCUUGCCGCGCCGCCCAACACCAACGCCUUACCGGGAGACGGCGUCGGCACCGAAGCGGAACCCAAUGAUAAAAGUUUGGGCAGCCUCAUCGACGAGACCGAGUCGCUCUUCAAGAACAGAGAGAAGGAAUACCAGGAAACCAUUGGACAGAUUGAGGAGGAGUUGGCCACGGCGAAGAGCGACAUGAACCGACACCUGCACGAGUACAUGGAGAUGUGCAGCAUGAAGAGGGGCCUGGACGUGCAGAUGGAGACGUGCCGGCGCAUGAUCAAAGGCGGCAGGACCUCGCCGUCAUUCAGCUCGGUGGCCAGCAGCGACUCAGGGAACACCGACGAGAUCCAGGACGAGAUUUCGGACAAAGACGGAGACGCCGAAGUCCCUGUUAGUUGAUGACGGCUCUGUCGGGAAGUUCUGAGUGGGUCUGCUCACAGAUUUGGUGCUUUUCUAACAAUUUGGUUUCAACGCAGAUGAUGGGGGUUCAUGUAAAAAAAAAAAAGGGGUGCUCUUUUGCUUUCUGGAAGUGGAAUUGAAAACUCACAAUUCCUUGUGGCUCAGCGCUCAUAUUUUUCAGGUCGCUGUUUUGUGGAAACGGCAAAGACAUGGAUAUUGGGAGGUGUAGCAUCAGAGACGUAAAAGGCAGGAGUCAGGGGUCUGAAGUGUCUCACGUCCUCCGCCCAGUUGUGUUGGAAGCAGUUGUUGCUGGCCGGUAAUAUUUUAUACGCCACAGCAAGCUGUCGUCAUGUAAAUGUUGGUUCUUUUCUUAGGACCUGAUUAUGCAGGAUUGCUGUCUAGAGCAGGGGUGUUCAAACUUCUCCACAUUGGGCCGCAUACCGAUAAAAUAAAUGGGAUACUUUUUCAUUUUGUAAAAAAAAGGCUUAAGAAAAUUGAAUGUGCUAAAAAGUAUAAUACUGUAUUUUAAAAGAAAAACAACCUGCAUGUGAGCUUUGUGUUAAGAUUUCAACUUUUCAUUUUUUCAUUGAGCAUUUAUGCUCUUUUCUCCCUUAUAUUUUUGCUGAUGCUUUUAAGCACAGUAUACAUUUUUUUUACGCACAUGCUGCACUUUGGACACCCCUGACGUAUAAGGAGAGGAUGAGAAUAUUUUCACUUUCUGCAGUUACAGUCAGCUUGCAUUGGGGCCAAAUGGUGCAGUGACCAACCACAUCCAGCAGAUGGCGCUGCACCUGCAUUGAUAUGCGCUAUAUUGAUUGCUACUAAUAAGUUUGCCUGUUUUUGAGUUGAAGCGUGGGAGGGUGGAAAGGGUCAAAGACAAAUGUUCCGAGGAAACGCACCAAAGAGGAACAUUUUGUCUGAAUGAGUCAGUGGACUACUGAACUUCUAUGCAAUGUAGCUGGUCUUGCGUAUAUAGACCAGCCUGUUUUAUUUUGUUGUUUUCUCCUAAAAACCUUUACAGUUAGCCUUUUAACCAAAGCAGGUGUUUUUUCUACAGACCAUUUUUUUUUGCUUCUCCCGUUCUUUCUCCCCUAUUCAUGAGAAUUUGCCUUAUUCCACAAGCAAACAGGAAGGGCAUCAUUUGCCUCUUGAGCCUUGUGCAGCACAGAUACAUGUAAACACGUUCAACAAAUGCAGAAUAUGAUCAAAGCCAACACCAGUAAAAACCAAAGGACAUUAUAAGGUCCGCCGUCCAAAUUGCCUUGGUGUUUGUAAUUUUUAAUGCAUAUUACGCAAUGACAUUCUGCUUCAUAUGUACAUUGAGGGCUGAAAACAUGUGGUUGCACACCCUAGAUGCCUUUUUGUUGAUAGAUGUCAUGUUUUGUUUUUCCAGUGCUUAAUGCUGCUAGCUUAGUGUCAGAACCGAUAGGACACAAGGGGGCAGGUUUGUCUUCUCAAGUAUGUAUGGACUACUUUCCAUUAAGUAGAAUGUUCAUUUCAGCUUAAUUGUAUAGGCCAAAAAAAAAGUUGUUUUUUUUUUCCAGAAAAAAUGCUGUUUUCAUUGAUGCUGAUCACAGAUUUGCAACAAAAUAUUACAUUUUGUGUUAUGUUGCCAUAAUUUGACACAUUUUGAUCUUGAUUACUGUGGGUUAUGUUGGACAAGAGUGAGCGCCACUCGCAGUACAUAUACGUCACAAACAUAUCGUAUGCAUGUACAAGUACAUGUAUGCAUUUUAUUUUGAUGCUAAAUUAAAAACCUUUUUGUUCACAUAAAAGCUGUGCUAUUUGAAAUGCAGGGAUAAAAACUGUACAGUAUGUGGUGACUAAACCGCUUCUGCUACUUCUGUAAGGGUGUGUGAAUGUUUCAUACUAAAAAAUUUUUUUUUUUAUACUAAAGAGUUUUUCAAAUGAGUGCAGAAACUGAGAGUUGUUGUCUAUACGCGGUGUAGCUCUUAACCUCAUUAAUGAGGGGCUAAAAAAAACAUUAAUGGCCUUGUGUAGGCCUAGCUGUGUUCUUUUUACAUAACAGGUCCAUCCAUUUUUUUUAACUUUCUGCUUUUACUUUGGCUUAUUUGUUUUCGUCAAAUGUAUUGACGCAACAUAUCCAUGUUGGUAUGGGGAAAAAAGUUAUGAAUGUAUUCAAUCAAAGUCGGGGUAACCUGAAAUAAACAGUGAAUUAAAAAAAAA